CAGGAAUACAACGUUUACUAGCCAUCUGAUUCAACUGCUGUUUCCAUCAUUCAGAUCAGGAAGAUGGCUUCUGACAAUCUGAAUGACUCUGAUAUUGAUGCGUUAUUAGAAGGUGAUUUUAGUGAGAAUAGUGAUGAAGAUUUUCUUCUUGACAAUUCUGAUGAUGAUCCCGACUAUAUUCAGCAGGAACUUCAAAAUAAUCAAGAUUCACAAUCGGAAAUGGAUGAGACAGACGAGAACCAAGCCAGUGACGAACCAGCAACUAUUCGUCCUGCUCCACAACCAGCAACUAUUCGUCCUGCUCCACCUAGACGAGUUGGAAACCAGCGACUGAAUACUUUUGUAUGGGAUGACGAGGAUGCUGUUCCAACUGUGGAAGUAUUCAAUGAUAAUAGUGGUGUGACUGAAAAUUUCAACUUAGAUAAUAGUAGUUCAGUGCUAGACUUUUUCUCUUACUUUGUUGAUAAUCAAGUUAUUGGUGUUUUCAAGGAACAAACUAAUCUAUAUGCAAGACAAAAGUUGAGAAAAAUGAGAAGUACUAAUACUCUAAAAGCUAAUUCUAGAAUGAAUGAGUGGAAAAGUGUGACAAAAGCAGACAUAAAAAAGUUCAUAGGCAUAAUUUUUCAUCAAAGUAUUAGCAAUAGACCUCAGAUAAUUGAUCACUGGAGUAAAGACCCCACUAUUUCUUGUAACUACUGUCCCAAUGUUAUGAGCAAGAACAGAUUUCUUCUUAUUCUUUCAAACCUUCACUUGAACGAUAAUUCGAAAUUUAUAAAGAAAGGUGAGCCAGGUCAUGAUCCACUUUAUAAAAAUCGACCUUUGAUUUUAUAA